AUUUGACGCCGAACAGAGCAGUCGGCCCGCGCGCAUACAGCUUAACUCAACGACGUGGGACGCGCUUAUUCAUGUCACGUUAGAAAGGUAGCCGAGACAACGUAGAGCCAUCAGACAUGGAUAGCAUGCACCUCAAGCCGCUACGGGCUGGUGAGGCUGAGUUCAAGUACAACUCCGAGGACACGCAGAUAGAGAGCCCGCGUAAAACGGUCUGUGCCACGGUCAAGAAAUUUGCACUGGAGCAGACAACAGCGCACGGAUUCCCCAACAUUUUCCGCGCAACUACCCUUUUUGGCCGCCUGCUGUGGACCGUCCUUUUCCUAGCUGGAGUGGUGGCCACAUUUUAUCAGGGCACAGUUCUUGUCUUGAAGUUCAGACGCUAUCCAGUUAAUGUUGAGGUGAAGAUCGUAACGAAAGCUUUGCUGGAGUUACCGUCAGUCACCGUGUGCAACACCAACAAGCUCCGUACGUCUGCUAUUGAAAAGUCCAAGCACCGACGUAUGCUGGUUGUCGAUCAAACCACUUCCUUGCCGUACUACGAACCAUGCCUUGAUGACGAUUUUGCCUGUAAGAAGCGACCAGUCUGCAUCAAAAGGUAUCUGCUGUGCGACGCCAUUAGACAGUGCGGAGUCAACGACACGAGCGACGAGCGAGACUGCAACUACGGCAAGUUUUAG